UUGAAGAGACCCUCUUCCUUCGCCAGCCUUGAUGACGAUGGCGUGUUUUACAUAUUGACGUUAUUGUAGUAGGUGAAAGGAUUUGUUAGUGAAGCAAUGAGUAAGAAAAAUCAAAUUUCGUAUGUUAAGCCCGCUGAGCCUGCAUUCCUGAAAAAAUUUAAAGAAGAUGUUGGGUUUAAAGAGGGGCCUACAGUGGAAACGAAGAAACAGCAGCUUCUUGGGCCUUCUGAAAGCAGUGAUGAUGACAGCGAUAGGGAGGAUGAGCUGCCACAGGUUGUAGUCUUAGAGGAGGAUGACCUGACUGCUGAAGAGGCAAUGACAAUUAAGAAGCAGCUCCAAGAGCGGCAGCAGCUCAGAGAGCUGUCAAAGAAAGUUACAGAAGAUGUUCCUGAGGAUGGAAAGAUUGUGUUCAAGAAACCAGCAAAACGGACCUCUGAGGACAAGUUUUCUGGGCUGACGGCAACUUCAAGCAAGAAGAAAAAGGAAGAGAAAAAGAACAGCAUUUCUGUUACUAGUAGUAGGCCUGAAGCUGUUAAAAACAGUAGCCUGCUCUCUUUUGAUGAUGAUGAGGAGGAGGAAGAUUAAACAAUGGGAGACAAUGCAUUAACUCUCUUCUUUCCAGCAUUGGGAGUACAUAUUUUUGUUUCACCCUGUAUGCGGAAAUGAACUGAGGACUGUAACCUUUUGGGCAUUUUAACAGAGCCAUUAAAGUUGUCCACAGAAGGAAGUUUUUAUAAGAAUCUGUUUAAUCAUUGUUGUGAGCACAAAAAUUUACAUUUAAGUGGUUAGUAGUUACCAUCUUACUCCGUUUUUAGCCCCAGGUCUUUAGCAAAACAGCACUUGUUCUCUGGGCACCAAACGUGAGUCUCUUGAGUUUGUCGCCAGUGUAAGGUCUGAGUGAUGCUGGAUCCUGUCAAUCCUAGCGCUCUCUAUUUUUUCUGUAGGUUACCUUUUUGUAACAUGAUAUCUGAAUUGUUAGAAUUGUAGGGUUUGUGAGUGUGUUUCUUUUCGUGUAUACCUAAUUAGUUGGGUGAUUUCCAAUGACAGCAGUGCUUUUGGUCAGUCAUGUUGCAGCUUUGAGCUAGAACCAGAUUAUUACCUUGUAGAAAGUGAAGUGUGUUUUUUAGGUCAUUUUAUGAUCAUCAUCACUUAACUUUAAAUAAGAGUCCCACUGUUGAAUCUCAUGAGUGGAGAGCACUGACUGGCAGCUGAAAAUGCAUUCAUUUCUGGUAGUGAAAAGAAAGUUGUAUAUUGUAGUUCUGUUGGUUUUAGCUUUGUGUUAAUAGCUUUAAAAGUAUGUUUUUGAUGCAGACUGAAAGCACUAUUUUAAUUAGAAGUCACUGUGGUAAUUUUGAACAUUAGUAACUGAGUUGAUUCUUUAUCCAGUUUUAAUGAUUGCAUGUAUUACUGAUUUAACUUAUAGAGCCUGAAAUUGUUUCAUAUUCAUUCCCACAGUUUUUUAUGAACCUUUUCUUUUUUUUAGUGUGGUACAGACCAACUCCUCUUUAUCCUCAAAUAGGAUAAAGUGGAUACUUGUUGGAAAAUUGUUGACAUUAAAUUUUCAGUAAGAGUA